GCCGCCACACCUGCUAAAAUUCUCCCAGCUCAGCAGCUCCCCUCUCCGGCCACGCGACUUUCAAGCGGCACCCCCUCCUCCUUUACCAUGUUUGUCCGUGCGUAAAAGACGCACAGGACGGAGCUGCCCUCGCCUCCUCUUUCAGAUGGCUCGAGUGACUAAGAGACGCCGAAACCCGGAUGCUUCGGCGGCAUGAUCGACCCCAACGUCAGCCUGAGCUGCGCGCACAGCCCGGCGGGUGGAACCGCCGCUACGGCCAAAUACGACGAGGCGUCCGGUUCUCCGCAGCCUCCGACGCUGAGCCCGACGGGUCACCUGGUGGUGGCCGUGUGCCUGGGCUUAAUCGGGACUUUGGGCUUCGUGUGCAACUUGGUGGUUCUGGCCAUGUUUUUCCGCUACCGGGCUCUGCGCACGCCCAUGAACCUGCUGCUGGUCAGCAUCGCCGUGAGCGACCUUCUGGUCAGCGUCUUCGGAACUCCCUUCAGCUUCGCCGCCAGCAUCCACGGACGCUGGCUCAUUGGACGCGCGGGGUGCGUGUGGUACGGAUUCGUCAACGCCUGCUUAGGCAUCGUGUCGCUGAUCUCUCUGGCCGUGCUGUCCUACGAGCGCUACUGCACCAUGAUGGUUCCCAACAUGGCGGACGGACGCGACUUCCGUCCGGCACUGGGCGGCAUCUGCUUCUCCUGGUUCUACUCCAUGGCCUGGACGGUGCCCCCCCUGCUGGGCUGGAGCCGCUACGGGCCCGAGGGGCCGGGGACCACCUGCUCGGUGGACUGGCGCUCGCGGACGGCCAACAACGUCUCCUACGUGGUGUGUCUGUUCGCUUUCUGCCUGGUGUUGCCCUUCGCCGUCAUUGUCUUCUCCUACGGGAAGCUGCUGUGCGCCAUCACGCAGGUGCGCAGCGCCAGCUCUGUGGUGACGCGUCGGAGAGAGCAGCGGGUGCUGGCUAUGGUGGUGACCAUGGUGGCUUGCUAUCUGCUGUGCUGGCUGCCCUAUGGCGUGGUGGCGCUGAUGUCCACCUUCGGGCCCGGCGAGGCGCUCAGCCCGGAGGCCAGCGUGGUUCCGUCGCUCAUGGCCAAGUCCUCCACUGUGGUCAACCCCUUCAUUUACAUCUUUAUGAACAAGCAGUUCUACCGCUGUUUCCGAGCCUUCUUCAACUGCUCCGCCGUGGAAGGAGGCUCCACCCUCAGGACCUUCUCGCGGGUCACCAAGACUUUCCGCAGCGGGCGUCCGGAUCUUCAGGACCGCCGGGUGUCGGCCGCCGUCCCUACCUCCGUCCAGGCCACUCCCCAAUCCGUGGAAGCGGACGAACGGCCGUCCGCUUUGACAAACUGUCCCAAACCCAAACUGACUUUGGUGGCUCAUUACAGGGAGUGACUGGAGCAACACACAACUGGACAACUUGGACUUUCAGUUUGAAUAUUUGAUCGGUUGGUUAAGCCUUUCAUGCACGAAUUAUGAUUUUUUUUGUUUAUUUUUAUUGUUUUUGAUUUUUUUUUUUUUUUUACAUUAAAAAAGGACAGGGGUCUCGAACGUGCGGCCAAAGGGCAAAUUGUGGCCCGCGGGACUAUUUUGCGGGCCCCAUUUGACAUGCAAUUGUCGUAUUAGUGUUGUUUUAUUUUGUAGAUGCAUAAUAGAAAAAAAUUAAAAAUCAUAUAAAAAAAACAUUUAAAGAGUAACAUAUUCGUGAUUUUAAAUAAAUGGAAUUAUUCGGAUUCAUUUGGGGGGAAAUAAUCAAUUACAGGUAGUCCCUGGGCAUAGACUUCACCAUCAGUUGACAAGACUGCUCCCACAAGCAUUGCGCCCCCAACGGGCCGACUCAGGCAGAGCGUUUGGUUUUCACUGUGAUAAACUCAAACACGCUGCGUUCAAACGCUGGAUUUAGGUGGAAAAAGGAUAAAAUUUUACUUAAAGGCAGGAGUAUCUCAGGAGUGAUUUGGUUGAGGAUUUAAGGUAAUUAUUAUACAAAAUAGCCCCACACAUGCAAAAAAAAAAAAAAAAAGAAAUGAAAAAUUAGCGUAACUUUAGCUUGAAAUAUUUACGUAAAAUGAACGAUAACUGCCCGUUUUGUUUUAUGUUUUGCUUUCAACCGAGAAUUUAGACUGUUUUAUGUCCAUAUCUAUAGAAAUUCCGGGAUGUACGCAUUUAUUUACAUGAAUUUUCAACUUAAAAAGGUCUUUGGUUUUUUGAUGCCCACCACGUUGGACUACACAAUAGCGUAAUUUUAGCUCGAAAUAUUUACGUAAAAUGAAUGAUUACCCACCCGUUUUUUUGCUUUUGACCAAGAAUCUAGGCUGUUCUAUGUUCAAAUCUAUAGAAAUUCCGGAAUGUAUGCAUUUAUUUAGAAGAAUUUUCAACUUAAAACGCUCUUUGUUUUGUGAUGGCCGCCACAUUGGAUGACACAAUAGUGUAAUUUUAGCUCUAUAUAUUUACGUAAAAUGAAUGAUAACUGCCCGUUUUUUUUUCUCUGUUAACCAAGAAUCUAGACUGUUCAAUGUUCAUAUCUGUAGGAAU